UGUCCCCUUCCCAUCAGGUGGAAGGCAGCCAGUGCUUGCGUGGUGGCUCGUGACAUGAAGUACGUGGACUGCAAGAAUUGCUUUGAGGCGGUGAGUGAAGGCAAUUUGCAAAAGUUGGCUUCCACGCUCGAAUUCGCACGCAUGAUCGAGAUCAAUGGGGAUUUUGAAUGGAUUCGGCGUUACUCCGAUUAUGAAUUGUGCAUGGUGCUAGAUUAUGAAUUGUGCAUGGUGCUAGAUUAUGAAUUGUGCCUCGUGCAUGAUGUGGAUAUGCAUCUCAGCAAGCAAUUCAUAGUCACGAUUCUUCUCUGUCCUUCUCAAAAGGUGGUGAACAAGACAGGAACUACCCAAGCAGCAUUGGCCGACGAAACCUCAGGGAUCGGGAAAUGCGUCCAGGACCGACUCUCUCAGAAUUUCGAAUACUGCCGUCGGAUCCUUAACGGCGAGGUGGCGAUGCCGAACGGGACGGACAUAUCAGGCAGGAUGGGACGCAUGAUGUCGGGCAUGAUGUCGAUGCUGGGUCUGUCAGAUGCCGACCAGAAGAGCCUGCUGCGGAUCAUGCAGGCCAUGAAGUGCCUGGAUGUGACCGGCAGGGCCACUCUCGAUGCCCAAUGUCGGCAGCAGAGCGGAGUUUCGAACGAUCCGACCUUCGACAAGCUCAACACAGCUCAUCAAUGCGUCCACGACAAGGUCGACAAAGCCUAUAUGGCAAUGUACCCCCAGGCGAACCCCACAGUCAGAAGCUUCGCUGACGAUGUCGACACGGACACGGACGCCCAGGGGAGUUAAAGUGCUCAACAAGUUGAUGGGGUUGAUGCAGGGCGCCUAGUGGUUCAUCUACUGGUCCGCCUAGUGGUUUGCCUACUGAUUCUUCUGUCUAGUAUUCCACCUACUGAUUCCUUUGCCUGGUUCUUGGAUUAUUCUUCCUCGUGACUUCCCUUAAUCUCUCAUGUGACCUGUUUUGUACUGAUCGGUCGUGAAAUCCAUGAUUGAUAUUCGAGCAUCCA